ACUCUCUUAUUCUUCCUUGUGAAUGGUGUACACUCCAAAUGAACGUGAAAAAUUCCCUUUUUCUCAAUUUAAUUUAAGUUACGAACACCUUUUUUUUUUUCCCAUCUUUUUUUGCUGUCCUCUUUUUCAGAACUUAAAUAUUCACGUGCUUAUAAGAGUCGUCCUUCCUUCUUGUCUCCUAAGUCCUAAUCUUUGACUUUGUUUUCACUCUCCUUCUUAAAUAAAUUCUUCUGGAUUUUUUUGCCAAGUUUCAAACUUUCCAUUUUAAAAAAAACCAAUCUUUUGAAUAAAAGAAUUGUUUGGGGCAUUCCCUAUAUAUACUUGCCAAAGAGAAUCAACAAUUUCACUGGGAUUCUCAAAGUUCCAAACUUUCCAGUUUUACUCAACCAAGAUUUCAACUUUUUAAGUUUUUUCAGUUAAAGAAUUAGAAGGGUCAUUCCUAACUGCCAGAUUCUUGAAAAAUAAAAAGAGUAAUUAAGUAGUUGCUCAUCAUUUUGCUAGCAGCAGGAAGAAGAUACAAAGGGAUUUGCUCAGAGGUAAAAGGGUAUGUUCAAAGUCUUGACUUUAGUCCCUAUUCAUUUUUCUAUCUUUUACUAUGUCUGCUCCUCUUUUUUCCCUUGCUUGUUACUAUUAAUCUAUCACUUAUGACAUCUAUUCCUGUACUUGUCUCAUGGCUAAAAGAAUCUGCCUCCUUUUCUGCUUUAUUUUGCUUCUUUCUCACUCUUUAUUCAUUUAGGAAAGUUAGGUGUUCACAAUAAUGGUUCCUCUCUAGUGACUACUUAUGUCACACUUUAAUUUUAGCAUAGAAUCUAAUUCCUUUUUUCAGUUUAAGCUAGCUGUUACUUUUUUCCUUUUUUUUUUUUUUCAGUGUAAUGCAUAUGCACGAGCUCUUUCUUUUGUGAGUGCUUGUAUAUUUGAUAAAUAUUUAAUUAUAGUAUAUAAAGUUUGAUGUUGGAAUUUUGUAGUUUAUACAGCUUUCAUAGCAUUUACUCGAUAAUAUGUUAAAGCAUUGAUAUAUAUUGAUGUGGUAUGAUCUUUCUAAAUGAACCUAACUGUUUGAGAAUCCUAUCUUGUAGAAGGAAGUGGUAGGAUGAAUGUUAAUUAAGCACGCAAAGAUCCUGGUGUGCCGUUCAUCUAGGAUGAAUGUGGUUUGGAUUUUUGUCUCUUGUCUGGUAUGCCUUGGAGUGAGUUCAGAUGGGUUGAGUGGAAAUGGGACGUCAAGGCCAGCUGUUGUAAACGUUGGAGCUAUUUUUACAUUUGACUCUACAAUUGGAAGAGUUGCCAAGAUUGCAAUUCAGGAGGCUGUCAAAGAUGUUAAUUCCAACUCUAGCGUCCUCCAAGGAACCAAACUUGUUGUGAAGUUGCAAAAUUCCAAUUGCAGUGGGUUUCUUGGCAUGGUCGGAGCCUUGAAAUUUAUGGAGACUGAUGUUGUUGCAGUAAUAGGACCACAAUCCUCUGUAGUGGCCCAUACGAUAUCCCAUGUUGCUAAUGAACUCCAAGUUCCAUUCUUAUCAUUUGCUGCUACUGAUCCCACACUCUCCUCUCUUCAGUUUCCUUAUUUUCUCAGGACAACUCAAAGUGAUCUGUACCAGAUGACUGCAAUAGCUGAGAUCAUAGAAUAUUAUGGUUGGAAGGAGGCGAUUGCGAUUUUUAUUGAUGAUGACUAUGGGAGAAAUGGUAUCUCUGCGUUAGACGAUACACUUGCAUCGAGGCGCUGUCGCAUCUCAUAUAAAGCAGGGAUUUCCCCUGGAGCUACUGUAACCCGAGGUGAUAUUAUGGAUGUUCUGGUAAAGGUUGCCCUAAUGGAAUCUAGAGUCAUUGUUCUACAUGCAUAUCCCAAGGUAGGGUUCAUGGUACUUUCAGUGGCACACUAUCUUGGAAUGAUGGGUGAUGGUUAUGUCUGGAUAUCCACAGAUUGGCUCACCACUGUGUUAGAUUCGUCUUCUCCCCUUCCACUAGAAACUAUGGAUACCAUGCAAGGAGUUCUCGUUUUGCGUCAACACACUCCAGACUCUGAAAAUAAAAGAGCGUUUUCGUCUAGAUGGAACAAGUUGACAGGUGGCUUAUUAGGGCUAAAUUCCUAUGCACUUCAUGCAUAUGACACGGUUUGGCUAGUUGCACAUGCUAUAGAUUCAUUUUUUAAUCAGGGAGGGAGGGUUUCGUUUUCUAAUGAUACUAAGUUGCAAUCAGCUGAAGGAAGUAAUCUUCACCUUGAAGCAAUGAGUAUUUUUGAUGGUGGGCCACUUCUGCUGAAGAACUUGUUGCAGAGUGAUUUUAUCGGUUUGACGGGGCCAUUCAAGUUUAGUCCUGACAAUUCUCUUAUUCGUCCAGCAUAUGAUAUCAUAAAUGUAAUUGGAACUGGUUUUCGGCGUGUUGGUUACUGGUCUAACUAUUCUGGCUUGUCCAUCUUGCCUCCCGAGACCUUUUACUCGAGUCCACCUAAUCGUUCAAGUGCAAACCAAAAGAUUUAUAGUGUUGUAUGGCCUGGAAACAAUGUUCAAAAACCUCGUGGAUGGGUUUUUCCAAACAAUGGUAAGCAACUGAGAAUAGGGGUGCCCAUCCGAGUUAGUUACCGGGAAUUUGUGUCUCAAAUUCAAGGCACUAACAAUUUUAAAGGUUUUUGCAUUGAUGUAUUCACUGCUGCUGUAAACUUAUUGCCAUAUGCUGUUCCACAUCAAUUUGUCCCCUAUGGAAACGGGCAUGAAAAUCCAAGCUACACUGAUAUGGUGAAGCUAAUCACAGCCGGGAAAUUUGAUGGUGUUGUUGGUGAUAUUGCAAUAGUUACGAAUCGGACUAGAAUUGUCGAUUUCACACAGCCAUAUGUCGCAUCUGGACUUGUUGUUGUGGCUCCAUUCCAAAAGUUGAAUUCAGGUGGUUGGGCCUUCCUAAGACCCUUUUCCGCUCAAAUGUGGGGAGUUAUCACUAUUUUCUUUCUCUUUGUUGGGAUGGUAGUGUGGAUUUUAGAGCACCGAACCAAUGACGAGUUUCGUGGGCCUCCCAAACAGCAGUUGAUAACGAUUCUAUGGUUCAGCCUUUCAACUCUCUUUUUCGCCCAUAGAGAGAAUACUGUAAGUACGCUUGGUCGCAUGGUGCUGAUCAUAUGGCUCUUUGUGGUCUUGAUAAUAAAUUCAAGUUACACUGCAAGUUUGACCUCCAUCCUCACUGUGCAACAACUAUAUUCUCCUAUUAAAGGAAUCGAAAGCUUGAAAGAAAUUGAUGAACCUAUCGGGUUCCAAGUGGGUUCUUUUGCAGAGCGGUAUUUGGAGGAAAUUGGUAUACCAAAAUCCAGACUUGUUGCCCUUGGAUCGCCGGAACAAUAUGCUACAGCACUUCAACGUGGUCCUGCAAAAGGGGGUGUAGCUGCAGUAGUGGAUGAAAGACCAUAUGUAGAACUUUUCCUGUCAAAUCAGUGCAAAUUCAGGAUUGUAGGUCAAGAAUUCACCAAAAGUGGAUGGGGUUUUGCAUUUCCUCGGGACUCUCCCUUAGCUGUCGACUUGUCAACUGCAAUUUUAACACUAUCGGAGAAUGGAGAUCUCCAACGGAUACAUGACAAGUGGUUAGCAAGAAGUGCGUGCAGUUUAGACAAUGCUGAGCUUGAAUCAGAUCGCCUUCACUUGAGAAGCUUUUCAGGCCUCUUUCUUAUAUGUGGGAUUGCAUGCUUCAUUGCUCUCCUAAUAUAUUUCCUCCAGAUUCUGCGUAAAUUUCGCCGGACUUCCAAAGCUGAAGUUGUUUCAGAUGGUCAGAGUAAUACUUCGCGUUCUAAACGUCUUCAAACUUUAUUGUCACUUAUUGAUGAGAAAUCAGAUAAAUCGAAUAGAGGCAGUAAGAGAAGGAAAAUAGACAGAUCAGUUUCUGAUGACAACAUCGAAAGUGACUUGGGAAGGGAUUCCAGAUUGAGAGAAUCACAGGUUGCUUCUCAGAAUGAAAUUCAUUAGUUCAGUUAUGCUAGCCUACAUUUCUUAUAGGGUUCUCAGCAAGUUUCAAUUUUGAGUAAUUUAAUCAGUAAUCAAUUAAAAGAUCAGUCAAUCACUUAGUUAUGUUUAUAGAUGAUAGAAUUGUUUUUAUACAUCAUAUAAAGAUUCCAUGUCAACUGUAAAUUAGCACAAUCUUUACAUAAUCAAUAGCAUUUCUUGUUCUGGGAA